UUGAUUUUUGUCUCUCAGCAUGUGUUACACAGUUCUUAGCAUCCGAUGAUUCCGCUUCCCUAAUUCACUGUCUUUUUCUUUGUUCUGGGAACGACACUCUUGCAGCCAUUGGAAGAGCUUAAGCAACGACAUUAACCCUCUCCUGUCUAAUUAGCUCUUGAUCAAAUGGAUCGGUCCCUUAAUAAUCUUGUACUUGUCGUUUCUCUCUCCUUGUGUCUUGGUUUAUGCUUGUUUCCUGGUACAGCAUCAGCUAAGCUAAGAAAAAACUACUACCACAAAACUUGUCCCAAUGUAGAGAACAUUGUUAGAGAUGCUGUCACCAAGAAAUUCCGACAAACUUUCGUCACGGCUCCGGCGACGAUCCGGCUCUUCUUCCAUGAUUGCUUUGUGCAGGGUUGCGAUGCCUCGGUGAUGAUCGCAUCGUCCGGUGGCAACAAGGCCGAGAAGGAUCACACCGAUAACCUGUCAUUAGCCGGAGAUGGAUUCGACACUGUGAUCAAAGCCAAAGAAGCAGUGGAUGCGGUUCCAAGUUGCAGAAACAAGGUCUCUUGUGCUGAUAUAUUGGCAAUGGCUACACGAGAUGCUAUUGCACUGUCAGGUGGACCAUAUUAUGAGGUUGAGCUGGGGAGAUUAGAUGGGUUAAGUUCAACAGCAGCUAAUGUAAACGGAAAGCUCCCUCAACCAUUUUUCAACUUGAAUCAGCUCAAUUCUCUAUUUGCAGCAAAUGGAUUCACCCAAAAGAACAUGAUUGCUCUUUCAGCGGCCCACACUGUUGGAUUCUCCCAUUGCAGCAAGUUUGCGAACCGAAUACACAAUUUCAGCCAUCUAAACGCAGUGGACCCUGCACUGGACCGAGGCUAUGCCGCCCGGCUUCGACAAAUGUGCCCCAAAAACGUUGACACCAGGGUGGCCAUCGAUAUGGACGUGAAAACGCCAAGGAAAUUCGACAACGUUUACUUUAAGAACCUGCAGAAAGGGAAGGGUCUGUUCAGCUCGGACCAGGUUUUGUUCAACGAUCCGAGGUCUAAACCAACUGUAAACGGUUGGGCCAACGACUCGUAUGCCUUUAGACGAGCGUUUAUUGCUGCCAUUACUAAGCUGGGAAGGGUAGGUGUUAAGACCGGGAACAAGGGCAAUAUUCGUACAAACUGUGCUGCCUUUAACUGAACCUUUUUGAAAAUGAAUC